AUGGCCGGCAUCCCCACCAAAAUGAUGCUCCCGACAAGGAGGUGGUACGCGCCGCAACGACGACGACAACGACAACGACAACGACGAUCCAAUGACAUGCCUUGCAUUGAAGCCCCCGUCCGUCCCCACCGAGGGUUCGAAGCUUUGGGCAAGAUCGACAUCAAGGAUUAA